CAAAAUCCCUAGAAAAAACCCUUCUCCCCCUUCUCUCUCUCCUCUCAAACCCAAAACAAAUUCUCCAUUCUCUCUCUCUCUCUCUCUCUCUCUCUCUCUCUCUCUCUCUCUCGCUCUUCCUUCAGAUCUCUUGCUCAAACCUUAAACAGCAUUACUUCAAAGAACCCAUUUUCUUGCAAAAUCUUGGCUAAGAAACAAAGAAAAUCCAAGAAAAGCACAAUAUAUAAAGUGGCAUUUUGUAAGUCAGAUGUCUCAUGUGAGAUGAAGAAGAAGACUUACUCCUCUCUUCUUCUUCUUUGCUUUCUCGGCACAAUUGUGUGCCUUUGUUCUGCAGACCAGGUCCCAAGUAGUUUCUCCUUCAAUGGCCGCCUUAGUGAUGCAGAAGCCAUGUACAUCAAGAAGCGCCAGCUUCUUUACUACAGAGAUGAAUAUGGCGACAGAGGAGAGAAGGUCACAGUUGACCCUUCUCUUGUUUUCGAAAAUCCCAGGCUUAAAAAUGCUUACAUAGCAUUACAAGCUUGGAAACAAGCUAUUCUUUCUGAUCCUCAGAAUCUCACUUCUGAUUGGGUCGGACCCAAUGUCUGCGACUACACUGGAGUUUUCUGUGCUCCAGCUCCUGAUAACAAAACUAUUCGAACCGUCGCCGGCAUUGACCUCAACCACGGUGACAUAGCCGGUUACUUACCGGAAGAGCUCGGGUUGCUAGUAGAUCUUGCAUUGUUUCACAUAAAUUCAAACAGAUUUUGUGGAACUGUUCCUCACAAGUUUAAAGAAAUGACAUUACUGUUUGAGUUGGAUCUGAGCAACAACCGGUUCGCUGGGAAAUUUCCUCAGGUGGUUCUUAAGCUACCAAAGCUUAAAUUCUUGGAUCUGAGAUUCAACGAAUUUGAAGGGACUGUACCGAAAGAACUGUUUGAUAAAGAUUUAGAUGCAAUCUUUAUCAACCACAACAGGUUCGUCUUUGAUAUUCCAGAUAAUUUUGGUAAUUCUCCGGUUUCAGUUAUCGUUUUGGCUAAUAACAGAUUCCAUGGGUGUGUUCCUUCAAGUUUGGGUAAUAUGUCUAAUCUGAACGAAAUUAUUCUCAUGAACAAUAACUUGAAGUCUUGUUUGCCGCCGGAGAUUGGUAUGCUGAAGAAUUUGACUGUUUUUGAUGUGAGCUUUAAUCAGUUGUUGGGUCCUUUGCCGGAUUCCUUUGGAGGUUUGGUUAGUCUUGAGCAGCUCAAUGUAGCUCACAACUUGUUGAGUGGGAAUAUUCCGGCGAGCAUUUGUCAGUUACCGAAUUUGGAGAACUUUACAUUUUCUUAUAAUUUCUUCACCGGAGAGCCUCCGGCUUGUUUGAGUCUUCAGGGAUUUGAAGAUAGAAGGAACUGUUUGCCGGGUAGGCCAGUACAGAGAUCUACGGCGCAAUGUCAGGCGUUUUUGUCCAAGCCUGUGAACUGUAACUCGUUUAGAUGUAAGCCUUUUGUUCCUUCUUUGCCACCUCCUCCUCCGCCUUCACCACCAGUUUAUAUUCCACAAUCACCACCACCACCUGUUUACUCUCCACCUCCACCACCUGUUUACUCUCCGCCUCCACCACCGCCUUCACCUCCACCACCAGUAUAUUCACCACCUCCUCCGCCUUCACCUCCCCCGCCUGUUUAUUCUCCACCUCCGCCUCCACCUUCACCACCACCGCCAGUGUACUCACCUCCUCCACCACCUCCUUCUCCCCCGCCACCUUCACCACCACCACCUCCUCCACCAGUUUACUCUCCACCACCACCCCCACCUUCUCCACCUCCACCUUCACCUCCUCCACCAUCGCCUCCUCCUCCAUCUCCACCACCGCCCUCACCAUUGCCUCCCUGUGUCCGUCUCCCACCACCUCCACCACCAAAUUCUCCACCGCCUCCACCACCAAAUUCUCCACCACCUCCAAUAUUUUCUCCACCACCGCCAACUCCUUACUAUUACAGCUCUCCACCGCCACCCUCACCACCACAUUCGCCACCCCCACCUCCACAUUCACCUCCACCCCCACAUUCACCCCCACCGCCACAUUCACCUCCCCCACCUAUCUAUCCAUACUUAUCACCACCGCCACCUCCACCUGUCCAUUCUCCACCUCCUCCGGUCCAUUCACCACCACCACCAUCUCCACCCCCUUGUAUAGAGCCACCACCACCUCCGCCGCCACCAUGUGUAGAGUAUUCACCACCGCCACCUUCACCAUCACCACCACCACCACCACCACCAAUUGUUUACAAGCCACCGCCACCUCCACCGCCGGUAGUCUAUGCAUCUCCACCUCCUCCACCAGUUUACCCUUCUCCUCCACCUCCAACUCCAGUGUACGAGGGGCCAUUGCCACCAAUUACUGGGGUCUCAUACGCAUCACCUCCUCCUCCGCCCUACUAUUGAUUCUUUUGAGAAUUUUCUCCUCUAACCUUUCAUCAAAUUCAUCAACUAGCAAACCCAAAAACAAGUUUUACAAAUUUCUAAUGAGGGCUUCUUUUCUCUUUGGGCAAUUCUCGUCGCUCUUAGAGAAAGGAAUAACAAGAAGAUUUGGGAAAGGGUCUGUGCUGUUUUUACUAUUCAUUGUCCGCCAGCAAAAGGAGUUUCUCUAGAUGGCCAUUAUCAGCAUUGUUGAUUAAGGAAAGAAAAGCAGAGAACAAAGACAGAGAGGUAAGAGGAGAAAUUCUCCAUAUUUAUUCGAAAUUGUUAUGGGAUAUUUGAGUCUGAAAAUAAAAAAUGGCAGAGAAAGUAGAUUUGCAGACAGAAAGUUGUAUGUAUAGUGAUGGAAUGGAGACCAUAAUCAGGGCUAUUGCUGCUGCUGGUUUCGGCCUUUUUAUUGUUAUUACCUCUUCUUUUAUAUCAUACAUUUGUUUCUUUUGCUUCUUUCUUUUUUCAAUUAUUUUUCAGUUUUAUAGUAUAAUCAUGAACAUUUUACAUGUAUUGAUUUGCAGAAUUCAGUCCCAUUUUCUUUCUUCUUCUGUGUUCGUUAAUUUUUUUCCCCUUUGUGAUGUCAAUGGAGGACUGCGCAGUUGUAUUUUGGUUAGUUUGUUUGAUCAUGUUCUUCAUUUUAGAUCUAUUAUUAAUAAAAUCCUCCAAAGUAUAUAUAUAUAU